AUGCCGGAGGAGAACGCGUCGGCCCCGUUGUUGGAGAAGGUGUACCAUGCAGAUUGCCCCGGAUGUAAGGUGGAUCGGUGGAAGGCGACCAAUGAAGGGAUACCUUUCAGGGAGUUAUUUUACGUUUGGCUCGUCACCCUAUGCACAGGUAAGAAGAAUCGAGGAGUAAGUCUUUCUUCUUCUCCCGCGUCUCUUCUGGCUCAAGAAGCCGCAAUUAUGGGUCGACACCAAGGCAUCUGUUGGCUUGGUGACUAACUGAAUUCUUCCCGUUUCCGAGGAUCUCUUUGACUACGAGUUCCGGCGUCUGCGUCCUAUGUUUUGAAUUUCUUUUUCCUUCUUUCUACUUUUGGCGUCGCGGUUGUCGAACUUGUUUGACCUCACAAACUUGUCCACACCAUAUUCUUCUUGGGUUCCGUUCGGCCUACUUCCCUUCUGACGAAUGCGGCUCACUUGUUUCAGACUGUCUCUUUUGUUAUCUCGUCAGUUGUGUAUUUGAGGUUAAAUAUGAUUCCUUGGACACCUAUUCUGUGUUGUUAAAUUCCUGGCCUCUCUCUAAGGUGUCUGAAUAACGUCAGUAGAUUCCCUUAUCUACCACCCUCGCUGACACUUUCAAAAAUGAUUUCUUGUUCCUGUAUAGAAUUUUCAGAAGCCUGAAUGGUCCAUAAGAAAGAAAUGAGGGUGGAGUUUCAGAUUACUUUGCCAGAUAAGGAUGGUGCCUCGUACUUGUUUAUUUGGCUCUUCAUAACCUCUCUAGCCAGUAUCCACAAUGGGAUAUCAUGUUCUAUAGUAUAACAGACCUUCUGCUACAUAGUGUACGCAUCCUUCUUGCUUUACUCCAUCUUUUUGUUUAGAUCAUUCUAAUGCGCAGAGUAUCAAAGUAACUUUGUUGAACAGGGAAGGAUAUUCUUUAUAUUUGUUUAAAAUUUUUGAGAGUUUCUCUUUUAUUCGUCUCUGCCUAGAAUAUAGAUUUUUCUUUCCAGCUGUAGAUUCUAACAAGGCCGAAAUGUAAAUUUUAGCAUGCUCAUCUGAGAAAAUGUAUUUUGACUGACGUACUAGCACGAUUAAGUAGUGGAAAUGUCCAUCUGGAUCUAUUUCUAACUCAUAUGAUGAUGUCAAUUUUCUUGGGGGUAUAUUAUUUUAUCAUAUUCCUCUAAUUUUUCCCCUAAUUUUUGUGUUCUGUCUUUUCAGCCCUCCCAAUAUCAUCAUUGUUUCCAUUCUUAUAUUUCAUGGUACGUAUCAUAUUUACAGGUUUCACUUACUUCCUUCAGAUCGAAUUUAAUGAGUUUCAGCGAUAUUCUCAAGUGCUUUACGAAUCUCAUUGUGCUGCUCUAUUCGGAAUGUAGUUUUCUUGGAUUACCUCUGAACUUGGAUCCAAUGGAUGUUCUUACCCUAAAUGCUAAAUACUUGUAAAUUUUAUCUUCAUUGUCUUGGAUAGGUUAGAGACCUGAAUAUUGCGAAGAGAGAGGAAGAUAUUGGUUUCUAUGCGGGUUAUAUUGGUAAGGUUUUUGUGAUUGUACUCUCAGGGCUAUAAAGAAGGCUAAGUUUUUUCAAUUAAGAUAAUUCAGUAGCUAUCUAAAAUUUCGCUUCUCCUCUGACACAAUAUCUUUGUAUCUUUUCUUCAAAGGAUCUUCUUUUAUGUUUGGAAGAGCUUUGACAUCCUUUUUAUGGGGGAUUUUAGCUGAUAAAUAUGGACGAAAGCCAGUUAUUGUGUUUGGCGUCAGUUCAGUGUUCGUAUUCCUGAAUCAUGGUUUCAUAGAACUUUUGACAAUAAUUUCUCAUGACAUGCCCUCUUCCAUUGUCUAUUGCAGAGUAAUCUUCAACACUCUGUUCGGGCUCAGCACGAAUUUUUGGAUGGCAGUCUCAACCAGGUUUCUUCUUGGAUCUUUAAAUGGGUUGCUUGGCCCUAUCAAAGUAUGUGCUUCUACCUAGGACUCUUUGAAUAUCAAAGAAAAUAAAUAUCAUCUUGGAUAAUACGGACAUUAAGUUUCCAAUUAACUCUUUUGCAUUGCUUUUUCCAGGCAUAUGCUGUUGAAGUUUCCCCUAAAAAACAUCAAGCUUCUGCACUGUCACUUGUAAGAGAUCUUAAUGGCUUUAUUGAUAAUUUCGUAUAACUUGAUUCAUCAGAGUGAAUUUAUUUUUAUGUUUUGUGAUACUUAUCACCGUGCUUUUUAAGAUCGUGCAUGAUGAUAAUUUCCGUUAGAACACCUUGUUGGAAUGCGUCUUUCAUAAUGCAUAUUACAUUAGGUCGGGAAGUAUAUUCCUUGUAUAGUUAUGGAUUUUGUUAUCUUGGGUUUGAAGAAAUAUGCGGGUAUCUUCUUUGGUUUUGCUUGUAAUCCCUGAUUCCACUUUAGAUAUGAUGCGACCCAACUUCCGCCCUUAAAACUUAGAAGAUUAUCAUACACGACCUCAAAUAGGAUAUCCGUUUGCCCAGUUAGCUUAGGUAAUAAUGUUGCCAACUUAUGUUUUAGCACAACUUUGGGUUUAAAAUACUUGGGAUCAUAAGGUUGCAGAUUUUCUCUAUAAAAGUACUCGAUAUAAAUCUUCUAUUAUGAAAUAACAUCAAAUGGAGACGCUCCCAAAAUUUUGAAAGGAUUCUUGGUAAGGAAUAAAUUGAAUCGCUUUAAGUUUUCUUGACCCCUAGUAGAAAUAUCAGUGUCUGUAGAAGAUGCAGACACUGAUGAAUUGGUAAAGAUGACAAUUUGCUCUCUGGUCCACCGACAAUCAUCAUGGCAGAUGGUGGCAUCACAUUAGAUGUCUCCAUACAUCCCCACGAAGCAUGUGAAUUUUUUUUCUGACAAUCCACAUCACAUUGGUUCAUCUCGUUCUCUGUAUGUACAAUGCCUGCGAUAUUCCUGCAGUUUUCGUGGGGAGGACAGUGACAUCCCAUUCCUCCAUCUAGGACAGCCACUCGUAUUCUUAAAUUUUUCAGCAAUAUACCGUCGCAUUGUAUAAAAGUGAAAGGUUGAGAAACUUUGGUUACCUUUUUGUGAUAUGGAUUGUAUCCAGCGUUUUAAUUUAAUUUCUAUUUUCUUGUAUCAUUAACUUUUUUGCUGAAUGGCCCUGGGCCAUUUAACAAUUGUACCUAUUCUCAGGUUGCUACUUCGUGGGGCAUAGGACUGAUUAUUGGCCCUGCAAUUGGAGGUUACCUUGCACAGGUACGUAUACUGCCCAUUGAUGUUGUUGUGCAUGUUUCUGUUCAGAAAAUUUUCAUACCCAGAAUUACCCACUUCUGGGCUGGUAGUUUUUUUCGUUCUCUUGUUCUCCAAGAGGCAAUGCAGAAAACUGAUGGGAAACUCUUUCAUGUCAGAAAUUAUACACCAUUAUAUUAAGAGUUGAAAAUUUUAGUAGGUUGUACAGAGGAUCACUGGAGCAGUAGCUUCCUGCCAGAUACCCUAGGCGGAUCAAUAAAUGAAACCUGUAUUGUAGGCCCAAGGGUGGGCCCAGGGGGUCCAGGGUUAACCAACAAGUAUAUGAUGUACGCCCGUCUUCAUCAGAGAGUAGUGUGCCUUGAUUUUUAUAUAUGAUUUACCUUGAUAGAGUUCUAACAAGUUCAUACCCUAGUAUAUCAAUCUCCCUUAAAAGAUCUAUAAUACAUAUUUCCAUCAGAUAUGUAAACCCUUCAUUAGAUUACGCUACUUUAAGCCCAAGAAAGUACCUAAGGUUACCAAGAUCUUUGACUUCAAAUUCCUUAGCAAGCUUUGUCUUUAAUAGUUUAAUCUCCACAUAAUCUUUGAUCACUUCAUAUCAUUUUCAUAAACUAUUGAGUUACAAAAACUUUCAUUCUCGCCAUUUUGUAAAUGAGGUAUGAUCAUCAUUCCAAUGUUCACAGUAAAAAGUGAUCACCACGAUUUCCAAGUCUAUUAAAUCAGGCUUACGGAGAUUGCCUUAAUUAAUAUUAGAUCAUUCUUCAAUCUGAAUACUUAUUAACCAGGUGGGCAGCGCAUACAACCUCCUCUUGAAAGUCUCUAUUUAAGAACGCGUUUUUCGCAUCAAGUUAGUAGAGCUCUCACCUUCUGUCAUCUUUAUGAGUCAUCAAAUAAAACAUGGCCAGGAAAAGGCUUACCAGAAAAGGGAGUGAAAAAAUAGUAACAGAAAAUACAUUUCCUUAAAAAUCUCUGAUAUCCCUAAAUAAUAUUGAGAAGAAUAUAUAUAUUGAAAGGAGGUAUAUUUAGGAAUAAUAUCUCUGAUAGUAUCUUGCGAUAUUCGUCACUAUAUUAUCCCAUUUUAUUGUUGGAUAAUCCAAAUAUCGAAUAAAAGCUGAAGACAUUUUUCUAUGUUUUCAAUAUCUGAUAAGUCAUUUGCGCUAAGAAAAAGACUUGGGAUGAUGUAUCUGUUGAAAUCUUGAUAAAGGUGCUUAGUAAUCAUAUCAUCCAGAUGAAUUCUUCUUGACGACUUUUCUAUCUGUGGCAGUAUGGGUAUAUGUGGUAUUUAAGCGUUUUUGAUAUUUUAUUCGAUGUAUUUAACCUAUUUCCUUAAUCUCAUAUAUGCGUUUUCGACAGCCUGCAGACAAGUUUCCAAACUUAUUUCCUAAAGAAUCCAUAUUUGGAAGGUGAAAUUUGAUGUGCAUUUUUACUGGAUUUCUUGAUAAAUGACUCGUUUCUAUCCUAAAUGGUGUCGUUCUUGUUGUGUAGGUUUCCAUAUUUCUUACCUUGCCUCUGUAUAUCCCUCAUUGCAGUGGGUGUAUUGGUUGCCUGUAUUUGGCUCCCUGUAAGUUAGAAUUCUCCUCUAAUGUCGCUCAUUCUGGUAAUUUGAUCGAUAUUUAUUUUCUUUACUGUAUGCAUGUACUUAUUGAAUCUGAUGGCAAAACCUCUGCGUCUCUGAACCAAUUGUGAUAAACUUGUUCCAUUUACCAUGAUGUAGCUAGAUCGUUUGGCCUUUUCUUGAAAGAUGUCUGAUCGAGUUACUGGUCUCGACUAUAUAUCAUCAGCUUUAAUAUCUGAUGGCCUCAUUUAAUUUCAUCUUUAGCUUGAAUGUAAAACAUAGGAAAUGGAUGAUAUUUCACGGGACCUUUUAUUGCCUUACAUCAGGUUAGAUAUUCUUGUAUACGUUUAGCUAGAUUUAUAUCCCUGUUUAUGCUACCCAAUAAUUAGACCCUAUAUUUUUUCCCGCUAACUUUAGUCUCUAGAAAUUUCAUACGUGAGGAUUUAGUACUCUCGUCACAGGAAAAGGACGAGUAUUGUUAACAUGGGCUGAAGACCUUGGGCUAGAGAUCUUCUAGAAGCUGCUCAAAAUCUCCUGCCAACCGUCAGUGCUCAGAAGCUUCUGUUUUGUUUUGUCAGUCUAGGUCUCUGACACACCUCUUGUGUCAAAGAUUUACAGAUAUCUGUUCUAUUUUGUCUUGUCAGUCUAGAUAUCUGGCAUAUCUCUUGUGUCAGAGAUAUCUCCACAUGUAUGUUCUCUGUUGUCUUGUCAGAGUCUCUGCUCUUUGUGGAUGACCCUACCCCUUGGGAGGUCUGUAUAAUUCCCAAGUGUGUACCCCUAGGCAUUCAAUAUAUAUCUUCCACUUCUUUGAGAGUUUCACUCCUUGAGUGCUCCUCCCCUUGAGAGUCCUCUUAUUAUGCUUGUAGAUUUAAGCAAACCUCCCUUGUGGAUUCAAGGGUCGUAAACCAAAGCCUUGUGGAGUCAGGCCUAACCCCUUGUAGAUUCAAGGGUUGAAGCAACUGGUUAUGUGGACUCACUCAGAACUCAGUUCCUUCAAGCAGUAGGAUCUGGGGAUUCAAGACCUGGCUCCUGCAUCUCUCCUUCCCUGAGACUGUGUUAAGUAUAGUCCUAAGUAAAAAAGACAUUUAUUCUCGUUUCGGAGACAUCUAUUUGGAUCUCUCUCCUCUCUCUCCCUGAUCACAUAUAUGCGUAUGACCACCUAAACCCAUCUCCCUGGACCGCAUGUUUUCUUCAAUUAAAUAAAAUUAAUGGGAAAAAUCAAUGUUGAUGGAGAAUUACGAUUAUAUUCCUAUUCUUCUGAUAGGAAUUAACAACCAGAUUAAACCUUCAACAUCAAGAAAUUUCUAGGGGCUAAAAGCUAGCAGGAGAAAUGUAAGAGCUUAUUAAUGAUGGAUUGAGUUUAUCGGAACCUACAGCUAGUUAACUCCACUUAAUAAUAUUACUUUUUUUCAUAACUUUAUCUCCUUUAAAGGUUUUAAUCACACUAUGUCAACUUAAAUUCCUUAUCUUAAUUUAUAUGCUUAUGUUUUCGUGACGAGACAGAUAAUUUGUCAGGAAUAGUUUUUCCGUUUUAAUAAAUAUAGAUUUGUGGCAAGUGAUUUUUUUUACAUAGCGGUCUUGCUGAGUAAUAAUAUUCUUUCCUUUUCCUUGCAACCAGCAAUGCCAUUCUUCUUAUUGUUGUGAUACACCUUUUUGCAGGAAACAUUGCAUACCCACAAGGAAACUAGAGAUCAUAUAUCUUAUGAUCCUCUUGGUGCUUCUGAAGAUGGCUCUGCUUUCAAAGUGAAGGAUGAACAGACGGAAAGGAAAAAAUAUCCAUCUGAAGAAAAUCUCUUUAAGAAUUGGCCUUUAAUGUCAUCCAUCAUCGUUUAUUCUAUUUUCUCCUUUCAUGAUAUGGCUUACACUGAGGUACCUCUCACCGCUCUCUGACACACACACACAGAGAAUAAAUUCCAUAUUGUUCAUAAUAAUGAAGCUGUAGUGUGUCCAUGUAAACAGUAUGGUGAUGAUAGAUUGUCGUUUAAUAACUGUAUGGUUCUUACGUAUAGUCAUUGAUUGUGUAGAUUUUCUCCCUUUGGGCUGAAAGUGAUAGAAAGUAUGGAGGUCUGAGCUUUUCCACAAAUGAUGUUGGCCAAGUGCUUGCAAUCUCAGGUAUACUUCGUCUCAGGAUAAUGUGGAUUUGUACUCAUAUUGUGAAAUCUCAAAUCAUACAUCCGGAACAGAUAACCCACUUCCUUGUUCAAUUAACAGUUUUUUAAAAAUCAUUCCGUCAAUAAAUGAUUUUCACCUCCUUACGUCCUUUGAUACUUUAUAUCCCUCAAUAUGACUGUUAGAGAGCCAUUAUGAGAGUAUGCUACUCAAAUAAGUCUGUUAUACUAAAUGUUUGGAUUUGGUGAAAAGCAUUCGUGGAAAUGAAUAAUGUUCUUUAAUUGAUCUAGCAUAUCAUUUUCUCUGCGAUUAGAUCGAGAUGUUCACUUCGCAUAUUUGAGGUAUGCACGAAGGCUCAAUUAUUGGCAUGUAGUACUGGGUAUGUUUUGGGUAUCCAGCUAAAGACCAAUUGGGUGUCCGUUGACACUUGCAGCGCUACUUUACCCUCUUGCAUACUUUUUUAGGCACAUGACAUUCCCCCUAUUACUGGGGUACUCCCACAUCAGUAAUUUCGUAGUAAGGAGCAAGCGAUAAAUCACUGAAUAGAGAGUUCUGUUGUGUUGGAUGCUCCAUAAAGGUCAUAUUUCAAUGCAAGCCGAACAAUCAUUUAAAGGCCUAUGUAGCAGAAAAACAUAGCCCUUGUCCCAUGACUUGAAGCUAGUAUGUACAAAGUGAUGGGCAGGAACAGAUGCUCCGUAGAAAAUGAUGCUCGCUCCCAGUAGAUGCUCCAGAGAUUUUCAAAGGAUGUUUUCGUGAAUUUUCAUUGCUUUUAAAUAAAUCCAUCAUUUGACAUUGUAUUACAUAUUUACAGCCAAUUAAGCUCUCCAUUUGAGGCAUCUGAGUUUCAGAAGGAUGUUUCAAGAUGGUUCAAAGCCUAAGUUUCUUUGCCUGUUCUGUGGCUCAAAGAACCGCACAAAUAACUUCUUGAAAUCCACGGGUGCAUGCUUCAAGUUAUGAACUACCUAAGAACUAUUCAGGAGAAGAUAAGUCGAUAGAAUAUUGUUUUUAUAUGUAGAAACUGAAAAUUUCUUCAAAUCGUACUUCAUCGCCAGCUCAGUGUUGACUUGUAACAGUAUAUAUUUAAAGGGACCUAAAAAUUAUGUACGUCAGUCAGACUGUGUAGCAUCCAGUCAGAAAUGAGACUAUGUACCACAGCUUUUUAGCAUUCGAUUAUGAGUCUUUGAAUUCCCAGUUUACGCAGAAAAUCAUGGUCCAGAUAAAUUCAUUUUUAAAUGUCUUCUUUCUCACUAAAAAUCCAUGUCCCUGUGAAUGUGUGCAUGUGAAUUUUUCUGGAACAUGGAAUGACUGAUUUUUUUUUCUCAGGCUUUAGUCUUCUUGUCUUCCAACUAUUUUUGUACCCACCCCUUGAAAGACUGUUUGGUCCAGUUUCUUCAUCUCGAAUUGCGGGGGUAUGAAUUAUGCAAUUUAUUUUUAUUUACUUAAAAUUUUAUAUUUAUUUUUUAGGUUCUAUCUCACAAAUACUUCUCACUACAGGUUCUGGCAAUCCCACUCCUAUCUACUUAUCCCCUUUUUUCAAUGCUAUCUGGCGCUGGACUUUUCGUGGUUGUGAAUUUUGCAUCUUUGUUAAAGAAUAUUUUGGAUGUGAGUUCAGCUCAUCUUGGGUUCCUUCCUCUUUUCUAGUGCAAUAGGUGAAGGCAUUUCAUCACUUUUUCUUUGUACGUACGAUUUUCAUGAUGAAGAUUUAACAUGCAAUCAAGGAGAAGGGAAAAAUGUAAAUAAAUUAAUGAGCACAGAACAAGUGUAUGCCAUGAUUUCUUUUUACUCGAAUGCCACGUGGACAUUGCUUUGUAGAGUAAAGGAGUUUUCAUAUUUUGAUUAAAAAAUAAAUGUCUGGUAUCAUUGUCGACUGUUAUGCUGAAGUGCCCACAAUGGUUAACAAGUUUAACAUGCUUUAGUUGUUGAGUUUCUUUCAUUCGGUGUGAUCUGAAUUUUUAUUUCCCUUUUUACAAGAUCGAAAAUUUCCUACGUCAUCUCUAUGUCAAGGUUGUUAGUUUGAUUGCAUACUUCGCGUGCAUGGUUUAUUCAGCCUCCAGUUAAGUCAGGAAAGGUACAGGAGAGAUGUGUGAUAAUCCCCUGAGGGACUGUCAUAACCUGAUUCUAAGAUUUUGAAAACUGAACCAAAGUCAAACAGUUGGAGCCCUAGUUUGCACAAAUCAUCAAGAAUGCUUACUCAAGUGGUCUUCGUCUACCUGGCACUAGAAUUGAGUAGUAAAACUUCAAUUUUCCGAGGAUGACGAAAAUUCAGUGAGAAAGUUGGUUCGGACAAUACCCAAUACAGCAUCGAAUAUCCAUGUAUAGACAUAACGGAUACUGUUAAUUGAUCAAAUAUACAAUCAAAAUUUGAUUAGAUGAUUUCCGUGGUAAAAUCCCAUUAAAAGAAAACUGUCUGUCCUCACCUCUCUUCUAUAUUUAACAUCCUAUAUGCUGUGUGAUCUUCUGUGAGAAUUUUCAUUUCUUGAAGUUUAAAUUUCUCAUUUUGACGUAUUUUCAAUUUCGAUCAGAUUAUCAUCAACAUUGGAAUGGUCAUUCUUCAAAACAACUCUGUGGUAAUUUUCUACUCUCAUAUGUUAUAAUUUGAGUUCCCUCGAUCCAUGACUCCAACUUAAAAAACUUAUCUCGCCAAAUAUUUGGUUUUUUUUUCGUUCGAUGUCAGGAACAACACCAAAGGGGAGCUGCGAACGGCAUGUCUAUGACUUUGAUGUCUAUCUUCAAAUCUGUAGCCCCAGCAAGCGGUGGUGCAUUGUGAGUGCCUUAACUAUUCUUUUUACUAUUGGUACAACUCUUCUAUAAUAUAAUACGGACUAAAUCUCAGCAUGUGGUCCCAUCAGCCGAAGUUCAACAACCUUCGGUACUUGUUUCCCUUAUUUUUGGGAAGUACUCUCUAAGCAGAGAAUUCUGAAUCGGAGGUAUAGUUGAGGGGUGCAAAAUGGAAAGAGGCCAUGUUUGACGUAGAAACUAAUAAAUUCAGUCGGUAAUCUUAUUUCUUAGAUAACAGAGCAUGUCCCUCUCCCAUUGCCACUCAUUUAUAUACUAACCCAGAGAUAAAUUCUCUUCUCUUCAUGUAGAAGAACAGAUUCCUGUUUGCUAUGCUGGUCGCAGUCCCAGAACAUUACUUUAUUUGGGAGGAGGACUCAUGAAUUUCGCUGAUUUUCUAUUUGAAGAAUGAAUUCUCCUGGUUGAGUGGUUUUGUGCUCUCCGCUGGGGAUGUUAUUCAGGAUAAAAGUAGUGUGCUUUCAGAGUUAGUUAUUUUUCAAAAAUUAAUAGGAAUGCUAUUUUGAUCACCCAAAAUCACAAAAAAACAAAGAAAUAAUUAUGCUGGUGGUUUGAUUCAGUCCUAAAUUUGCUUUUGCGCAGAUUUUCUUGGGCCCAGAAACGUCAGACUGCUUCGUUUCUUCCAGGUAAUGGUCCAGAAAUUUCCUUCAAAUCAACAUAUAAAAUGUGCUUAUAUAUAUAUAUUCGACUUCACAAUUGAUGUUAUCUAACUAGAAGUCGGCUGAUUAUCUGAGCAUUCACUGUGUUCAUAGUUGAGCUGCUGGGUCCUUAUAGCUAUCUCGAAUCAUGGUAUCAACGCGAGCCUCAUCUUUCUGUCAUGCAGGUGAUCAGGUGGUCUUCUUUGCACUGAACGUAGUUAAGCUUCUUGGCGUUCUAUUGACUUUCAGACCGUUCCUAACUCUAAGAAACGAGCCUCCCUCUACAUAG